AUGCAAACGCUAGAGGGCAGCAGUGAGGACGAGGAAUGGGGAAACGAGACCGAGGCGAUGCCGGCAGAACCUCAUACGCCAAGUUCCGGAGGCGAGCGCGUCGCCUCCAGUGGUGCUGCAUCCCCAGACUCUGGGAGCUCUCCGGCGCCCUCCCCACCCAGACUGCGCCUUAACACAAACCUCGCUACGGAUCCUGCGCUCGCGCCUCAAGCGACCACGCUCAAGCACGAGCCUCCGUCACCUUCACCGCCACCGCCAUCCGUGCAGCAAGCCAGAGAUUUUAUUGCGCUCACCGCGGCAAACUUCCCUGCCUUAUUUCCCGCUGCAAUAUCCACACCCCCCGGAUACAAAUGUAUGCCGUGCGGAAUACGAUAUUCCUCGUUAAGCACACUUCAAGCACAUCAAGAGCAUUAUUGCUCUAAAAGACCAUCUAAAACAGAUAACAAUGAUUCGUCAAACGAGCAAACAGCUGACAGUGAAUCUGGUGACAGCAAGACAAAUCGGCCAGUGGGAAAACAAUAUGCUUGCACCUACUGCUCUUAUAGCGCUGAUAAGAAGGUCAGCUUAAAUCGUCAUAUGCGAAUGCAUUCAUCAUCACCUGUAAGUACUAGCACACCGGUGCCAACACCUACCUCGAACGGUCAAACUACAGAAGGUUCGCCGGCGCAAGACAGAUAUUGUGUGGACUGUGACAUUCACUUUACCUCUGUUAAAACUUUUCGAGCCCACAAAGAACAUUAUUGCAAUACUAGACAAGUUGUGAAGCAAGCAGUCCUGGCAGCUGCUAGAACAGGGUCAGCUACAUCAGGCUCUGCACCUCCUUCUCCCGGGACUACUCCACCUGCGCAAAAUCAAUAUGCCCUAGCAUUACCAACUAACCCAAUAUUAAUUGUACCGUAUUCCCUAUUACGAAGCGCUAGCACGUUGCCAGGUGCGACAUUACCGGAUCCUGAUACUCCAUGUUUCUUAUUACCGAAUGGUACAUUUCAACCAAUAAACCGACAUAUACCAAAUAUGAAUGCUGAUAUUAAAGAGGCAGAAGUUUUAAAAUCUGCAAAUAGACCUCGUGAGGCGUCUAGAGAUGCCGCAACUCCAUUAGAUCUGACCGUUAGACGCACACCUGAAUCGGUGACCACUGAUGACCAUGAGAAGGAAAAUAGAAUACGUUCCACAACACCGGAACAGAUUGUAUGUGCUCCAUCUCUUCCCGCUUCACCCGCCACGCCCUCACCUUCCAGGCUAUCUUCCUCUCCAAGUGGUGAAAGUUCACCAAAACGAAGGCGAAGAAAUUCAAGGGAUCCUACACCGAAACCUCUCAGGUUACCAUCUCCUCCAGAGGAAAAAUUCAGCCACGUUGUGCCACCUCAAAUAAUCCCAUCCUUGCCUUUAAGACUUCCAACAGACUUGCCAAUCACAACCGCAUCACCUCAAGUGCUAGUUAAACAGGGAGUAUCGAAAUGCAAAGAAUGCAAUAUUGUCUUUUGCAAAUAUGAGAACUAUCGCAUUCAUAAAAGGCAUUACUGUUCGGCUGGAGGAGAGGAACGCGCAAGUCCAGCGCCUCCGGAACCCGGGCCUCCUCCUCAAUAUCGACAACUGAUCUGCCUUGCGUGUGGCAUACAUUUCAGCUCGAUGGAUAACUUAACUACGCAUCAAUUGUACUACUGUACAAAAAGAGAGACUCGGUCCCCAAGAAGUGUACCCGAGGCGCCAAGACCUCCGUCAGGUUCUGAAGGAGGAUGGAAAUGCCCAUGUUGCGAGGUGGUUUCACCGACUGCAGCGACCGCACAAAGGCACAUGGAAGCUCACGCUGGCGUCAAAGCUUUCCGUUGUACAAUUUGUCGAUAUAGAGGAAACACCCUGCGGGGCAUGCGAACACACAUUCGUAUGCAUUUCCGAGAGAAGCCGUCUGACUUACAGGAGGAGAGCUUUAUUUCGUGUGUUCUGGAAGAUGACACCCGCGAGACUACCUCGCCCAGCCCAGGAGUGGGGGAACGCAUACAUCGCUGCGGAAGCUGUGCAUACACAUCCACCUAUCGCGGAAAUGUAGUUCGCCACGCCAGGCUGGUCCACGCUACUGAAGAUCCAGAACCGGAAGAAACCUCACCAAUCCCGCCAGCCGAUAUUAAAAAGGAACCGGAAAUCGAUGAAGACACUCCAAACUAUUGUAAAUCCUGCAAUAUAUCUUUUAAAUACGUGAACACUUAUAAAGCACACAAGCAGUUUUAUUGCAAAGCCGCAACACAGGAUGCAACAUCGAAUAAUAAUGUUCCCGCGUGCGUUAAUGAUGCUCCUGUUGUAUAG